AUGGCUGGGCUCUCAUGGAACUUGCUCAUCCCUCUUGUUUUCUUGCUGUGUUGUCAUGAAACCCACAUGACCGUCGGGAUGGAUGCGAGCAGCAUGGCGACCAGGAUGCUGUUCCAUGGCAUGCACAGAAUGGCGGCGCGAGGGGACGGCAGAGGAUCCGGGCAGAGCACGAGCAGCGAAUCUUCCGAGGGCUCAAGUGUAGAUAGCCGAGAGUUCUGCAAGGAGCCCAAAACUUGGGACUUGAGGACAGGGCAGAGCAGGGGAUGGAUGGCAGGGCACACCAAUCCUCCCACGGACCUCUCGGCGAGGAAGGGAGUUUUGUUCUCCUGCUCGUCCGAUGACAGCGUGCGAGAGUGGGACGUCGAACUUCGGAGGGAGGUCAGGCAGGUGAAGUGCAACCAGGGUGGGGUGCGGUGUAUCGUAGAGCACGAGGACAGGAUAGUUUCUGGGGGGUACGACGGGACGGUCAAGUUCUGGACGUCUGCACAUCUCACUCUGGUUUUCAAGAUUGAGCUGCUGGCGAAGCCUGUGCGAUCAGCCUGCGUAUGGAAAGACCUUCUCGUUAUCCUAGCAGCACAGGAGCAGUCGGUCAGCGACAGCGAGUUCUAUCCAGGCCCUGUGAGGAAGGCGGAGGAGACAGGUGUGAGGUGUCAGGGGAGGGGGGACGUACUCCUGUGGGACCUGAGCGAGAUGAGGGAGCACGUGGUGAUGAAUUCCACAUGCAAUGACGCAUGGAGCUGUACGGUGAUAGACGGAGUUCUUUACGUAGCAGGAAAGGACCGAUCAGUCAAGGCCUUCGACGUCUCUUCCUCCCUCCUCCUCUCGGAGUUCACUGGCAAUGACGCAGCCACAAGUAUCACCAGCAUCUGCUCGCAGUCAGGAGAGGAGCUCCUCGCCAUGGGCUUCCUCGACGGCAGAGUGCUCAUCCUCGGACAGCUCGAGGUUUUCUCCUGA